AUCUAUUGGGGGUUGUGUGUGUCGUCAGGGCGAUGGCGUCGUCCGUAGAUCUAUUGGGGUGGUGUGUGUCGACAGGGCGAUGGCGUUGUCAGUAGAUCUAUUGGGGCAGUGUGUGUCGUCAGGGCGAUGGCGUCGUCAGUAGAUCUAUUGGGGCGGUGUGUGUCGUCAGAUUAGAAUGCAAGGUGCCACUCCCACGCCCUACGGCAACCAGUGGCGGUUUUACCUGUCUAAACUCCUGGCGAAUCUUCUCCCUUUUCUGGGACGGCGGCCAAUAUCUGUCUUAUCUACCAAACUGACACGGCAGCCAAUAUCUGUCUUAUCUACCAAACUGACACGGCAGCCAAUAUCUGUCUUUUCUAUCUUAGUUCUUCCAACUGUUGUAUACUUUCUUGUGACACAUCAACAUCAACCUCUCUGUCUCUGGUCAACCCACUCUCUUCCUUUUGCGUGCAUAUAACACGGGUUCACACAAUGUCAUGCACACGCCAAAGUCCUUUUUUGCGUGCAGUUGAGACGUGAUGUCCCCCCAUUAGUAAUAAUGGUCAAUAAAAUAGUUUAAUUGACACGCACCAACUGAAACCUAUUUGACGUCACCAUAAUCGAGGCACGGAUUUCCCGAAGAGUGACUAAUCCGUAGAUUAACUUUUUUCUUGAAAGAACGAAAAAGGGUAAAGGUAAAAGUUUCAUAUCGCAUUUAUUCACCAUUGCUCUUAAUUGGAGGAGGUCGCGUCUGAACUGCACUCAGUACUUUGGCGUCUGCAUAGCACGAAAUCGUGAAGUGUAAACCUGUGUUAUAUGUACGCAAAGGGAAGAGAGUGGGUUGCUCUGGUAGCACUGCAUGCUUUGUCUCCCUUCUCAUUUACACAGUGUACAACGCUCUCUAAAAAAAAACAUUUAAAAAAUGUGUUCCCUGGAAUAGGAAGACUGGGCAGCGAGCGUCUAAAGUUGUUCUUUUGUGGAGAGAAAGUGGACAACUGCCUCUAAAACAAGUCUCAUUUGGGUUGUGAGGUGCUGAUCACUGCCUCUAAAAUGAGUCAAGACAGCGGUUCUGAGAGUCAAAGUGUCCAGAAUCCAGAACCUUUACAGGAGAACGAAAAGGAAAUGGAGAGUUUAGGCAGCGAGGAUGCCUCUAACAUCACAUACAACCUAAUGGACAUGAGAAGUCAAAUUAUUCUUAGAACCCAACAAGAUAUCAAGGCCAAACUGACACUGAAGUAUAAACUAAUAAGGGAAGGAACUGAACAUCAAGGAAACCAAAAUCUCUUAAAGAAUAUGUACACAGAGCUCUAUAUCACAGAAGGUGGAAGUUUAAGACUCUGUAAAGAACAUGUGCAGAAAGGGGUCAGUAAGGCUACUUUAAAGAAAAGAACCACAUUUGAGACAGCUAUCAAAUGCAACGACAUCAUCAAACCAAAACAAAGAGAACGUCUCCAUCGGUAUUCAAUCCCUGGUGACCUGCACAAGGGAAUUUUUUUGAUGAACAUGGAUGCCACGGCCCCCUCGUCACCAAGAUCAGACAGGCCUCCUCUAUAUGCACCUUAUCAUAAAAAACGAAAAAAAAGGAAAGGUUUUAGAAACCUGACAAAAGGAAUCGCUGGCAUUGGAAAAACUGUGUCUGUGCAAAAGGUCAUCCUUGACUGGGCUGAGGGAACAGCCAAUCAGGACAUCCAUUUCAUAUUUCCUCUUCCUUUCCGCGACCUGAAUCUAAUGAAGGAUCAAUAUAGUCUGAUGACACUUCUAUCCCACUACUUCCCAGAACUGAAAGAGAUUGACAGGAUUGAAGAUGGUGAAACUAAAACGGUUUUCAUUUUUGACGGUCUGAAUGAGUGCCGGUUUCCUCUAGACUUCAAAAACAAUAAGAAAUUCUAUGAUGUCACAGAAUCAACCUCAGUGGAUGUGCUGCUGACAAACCUCAUUGAGGGGAAUUUAUUUCCUUCUGCACACAUCUGGAUAACCACACGACCUGCAGCAGCCUAUCAGAUCCCUCCUGAGUAUGUUGACCAGGUGACAGAAAUACGAGGAUUCAGUGAGCCACAGAAGGAGGAGUACUUCAGGAAGAAAAUCACAGACCAGAAUCUGGCCAUAGAAAUCAUCAAACACAUAAAAUCAUCCAGAAGCCUCCAUAUCAUGUGUCACUUACCAGUCUUCUGUUGGAUAUCAGCUACUGUCCUUGAGACGAUGCUGAAAGAAACAGAGAAAAAUGAAAUCCCCAAAACUCUGACCCAGAUGUAUUCACACUUCUUGCUCAUUCAAAUCAGUGUGAAGAACAAGAAGUACAACAAAGACACAGAGACAAACCCAAAAGAUCUGUCCCAGGCAGACAAAGAGUUGAUCUUUAAACUCGCAAAGCUGGCUUUCCAACAGCUGCAGAAGGGCAACCUGAUCUUCUAUGAGGAGGAUCUGAGAGAGUGUGGCGUUGAUGUGACAGAGGCAUCAGAGUACUCAUCACUGUGUACAGAGAUCUUCAAAGAAGAAUCUGGGCUGAACCCAGAAAAGGUCUUUAGCUUUGUUCAUCUGAGCAUUCAGGAGUUUCUAGCAGCAGUACAUGCUCUGGAAUCAUGUCUGUGCAAAGAGGAAGAUGUUUUCCUCCCUAAACCAGUUUCAGAUAAGGUGUACAAUGAUUAUUAUGAUGAUGACAAAGAGACAAAGUCAGACAAGUUGUAUGACGAUGAUGGAAAGACGAAGUCAGAUACAUUUUAUGAUGAAGGUGAUGAUGAUGAUGAUGAUGAUGAUGGUGGUGGUAGGGCGUCAGACAAGUUAUCUAACUUUCACAGGAGAGCAGUGGACCAGAGCUUGAAGAGUAAGAAUGGACACCUGGACCUGUUCCUCCGCUUCCUUAUGGGUCUGUCUCUGGAGUCCAAUCAGAACCUGUUACACGGACUACUGACACAGACAGGAAGUUCCACACUGAGCAAUGAGGAAACCGUUAAAAGAACAGUUGAGUACAUUUCAGACAAGAUCAAAAAGGAAUCCUCUCCAGAAAGGGUCAUCAACUUGUUCCACUGUCAGAAUGAACUUGGUGCCAACUCUCUAGUUGAAGACAUGCAGACCUCCCUGCAAUCAGGAACUCUUUCAGGAACAAGACUACAACCUCACCAAUGUUCAGCCCUGUCCUACCUGUUACUGAUGUCAGAGGAGGUUCUGGAAGUGUUUUCCCUUAAUAUGUACAACACAUCAGAGGAAGCUUAUCAGAGGUUGCUGCCAUUAGUGAACAUCUGCAAAAGAGCAGUAUUUGAUUACUGGAUCCUCUCAUACGAAUUUUGUGAGACUCUGACCUCAGUUCUACAGACUCCAGACUCAACCCUGAGGGAACUGGACAUCAGCCACAAUAAACUGAGCGAGAGUAAACUAAAGCUACUCUGUGCUGGAAACAGUCCAUUUUGCAACAUACAGACACUUGUACUCGCUGGCUGUAACCUCACAUAUAAAUCCUGUAAGACUCUGGCCUCCGCUCUGCAGACAACAAACUGCCCCCUGAGAGAACUGGACCUUAGGAAAAACCACCUGGGAGACAGAGGAUUGAAACAGUUAUGCUCUGGACCAGUCAUUCCACUCCGCAACAUACAGACACUUGUACUCGCUGGCUGUAACCUCACAUAUAAAUCCUGUAAGACUCUGGCCUCAGCUCUACAGACACCAAACUCUGCCCAAAGAAAACUGAUCCUUGGGGACAAUGACCUGGGAGACAGAGGAGUGAAGCUGCUCUGUCCUGGACUAACCAGUCCAUUCUGCAACUUACAGACACUUGAUCUAAAUUAUUGUGGUCUGACAGAAGAUUGCUGUUCAGCUCUGGCCUUUGUCCUUCGUUCACCCAAAUCUCAACUGAAACAUCUAGAGCUACGAGAAAACAACCUGCAGGACUCAGGCGUUAGACUGCUCUCUGCUGGACUGGAGGAUCCAAACUGUAAAUUACAGACACUGGGACUGGACUACUGUAACCUCACAUAUAAAUCCUGUGAGACUCUGGCCUCAGCUUUGGGGAAUCAAAAUUGCCCCCUGAGAGAGCUUGUCCUCAGCUACAAUCACCUGGGAGACAGAGGGGUGAAGCUGCUCUGUGCAGGACUAACCAGUCCACUCUGCAAUAUACAGACUCUUGAUCUAGAUUAUUGUGGUCUGACAGAGGAUUGCUGUUCAGAUCUGGUCUCAGUCCUGCAUGCUCCAAACUCCCAACUGAAACAACUGGAGCUGAGAGACAAUGACCUGAAAGACUCAGGAGUUAGACUGCUCUCUGCUGGACUGGAAGAUCCAAACUGUGAACUACAGACACUGGGGCUUGCUGGCUGUCUGGUCACCGAGGAAGGCUGUGCUGCACUGGUCUCAGCUCUGAGGUCAAACCCCUCCCAUCUGAGGAACCUGGACCUGAGUUACAACCGCGGAGUACCAAUGGGAGGGGGACCUCUUUCGACAGUUCUGAAGGAUCCCUCUUAUAAACUCACAGAACUUAAAGUGGAUGAUGGAAGAGACAUAUGUUUUCAAAUGUCAUCAAGUGCUCGCCUUGAAAAACCCAAGUUACGGGUUGAGAGACUUCACAACCCAGGAAAGAAAUCUCUCCGAACCCAUUUAUUUUAUAGGAAUAUCUGGGCAAUUAAUGAGGCAUUUCCAUCUACCACUCAGACAGAGACACAAGAGGGACAUACCCUGGAUAUAGAAUUCACACCAGAAGUGCCACUGGAAGUACUAAACACAUCCAGAGUCCCAGAGGAAAGUCAGGUCAAGUGUGGACCUGAGAGAUGGAUUCCUCCAAGCUGUAAGACUUGUGACUUUAUUGAUGACUCCACAUGGCUUCCUAUUGAACCCUUGACUUCCACUCUUCAAGGAGUGAAAACUUUCAGCCAGAGGACACCUAAAGGGCGUUAUGAGUGUUCAGUCUCUGGACUCCGCUGGGUGUGUGAGAUGGAUGUCAUUCUUAAGUAUCACUUCAGGAGCUGGGAACCCUACAGUGAACUUCUGACAGACAUGCAGUUCACACCAGUUGGUCCUUUACUGGAAAUCACUAAGGAGUUGGGUGAACUGGAGGAAGUUCAUCUGCCGCACUUUGUCUGUUUAGGGACCAAACCAUCUCUGAGGAAUGAGAUGAGGAUUCUUCAUCUGGAGGAACAUGGAGUGUCUUUUGAGGAAGUGAAUGAUGUCACCAGAUUCCAUGCUAAGCUUCUCCAUCCAAAGUUUUCUGCUCUCUCUGUCAUCAUGAGGUUACUGUUUUUCACUGUUGAUGUACACUGUGAGCUGAUGCUCUAUAUGACAGUGAAACAGUCAACAAUAAUCCCACGACUUUACCUGUUUCCUAGUGACCCCAGUCAAAAACAGGCUGUGGAACAACAGGAAGAACAGUUUCAAGGUUCUUCAAGGAUUCCCAUCUCAAGACCAGAGGAGGCCUUCAAACUGAAUAAUGCCUUCAGACUUCAAAUCCCCACUUCCAUCGCCAUCAAUCCAGAGAUGUUGAAGCUCCAACACAGAAAAGACACUCCGAGCUUUUUCAGGGUGGUUAUGAAAAACACAGGGGUUGACAUUGAGAUGGAAUUGAUUGGCGAGGAUGAGAGGACAGUUUGGAAAGAUUUGGUACCAAAAGAUGAAUACCUCACUGACAGCCCUUCAAACUGUGCUGUUUUGGAGGCCAGGCGACCUGCAGAGAGCAGUCCUGCGGAACAGCAGCUGCGUUCUGUCCGGUCAGAGUUUGUGAUUCGGGUGUCAGAACCUGUCCUGAACAGUCUGUUGGACGGACUCUUACAAGACACAGUCAUCAACCAGGAGGAAAUGGACUCAGUAAAGGUGAAUGCUGAGAGGGCAGAGAAGGCCCGUAAAAUCAUGGACAUGGUGUUGAGAAAAGGAACUGAGUCCAGUUCCAGGAUGAUUGUCCUUCUCUGGAAGAUGGACCCCUAUCUGUGCACUCAGCUUCAGCUAAGUGUUCAGGGACCAAGCUAAUGUAAGAACUGAGGUUCAGUUUGUCAAACACUUCACCAUUCUGGGAACAGCAGCAUGUGUCAGGUAGUGUUAUGCAUUUAUUUGUAUGUGUUCAUGAACGUACGUUUUCUUUUUUACAUUGUAUUUUCAUGUGAUUGGAAUGUAUCAUGCUGUUUGCAUACUUACUGUUAAUGUGUCGAAGAGAAUUUGCUAAUUAACUGAAAACCGCAGAUCUUUUCAUGAAAUCGCACGGUGACAACCUGUUAAGUUAAUGCAAGCAGAUGCAUAUUGACCAAACAACCUGAAAGUCCGCCAGCUGUCUCAGGGAGUAACUCAAGUUUUUAGUAUUUAAUUAGGAUCCUCGUUUUCCCUGCCUAGGCAGCGUCAGUUCUUAUGCUUUAUUACAGGUUUCUGUUCAGUUCUUAUGCUUUAUUACAGGUUUCUGUUCAGUUCUUAUGCUUUAUUACAGGUUUCUGUUCAGUUCUUAUGCUUUAUUUUCAGGCGAUUGUUCAAUUUUUAUGCUUUCUUUUCAGGUGACUAUUCAGUUCUAAUGCUUUACUACAGGUGACUGGUCAGUUCUUAUGCUUUAUUACAGGCGACUGGUCAGUUCUUAUGCUUUAUUACAGUUAGUCAGAUCAGCUUUUCGUUUUUCUGCAUCUCACAUUUGGAAUAAAUUCCAACAUAAUUUGGAACUGAAUUAAUUGGUGCCUGUAGGGCAAAAUAUGGUGGCAGAAUAUGUUUGUUUCUUAUGGAUUGCGUGGUCAUUUAAAAAAAAAAAAAAUGUGCUCCCCAUUUUUUGUACAUUGUGAAAUUGUGUCGAUGCAGAGCUCACACGCAAAAGAGACCUUUGGUCUCAACAUGGUCUUAGCAUGUCUUCCCUUGCUACAAUAAAGUUUUAAUAAAAACAAAAAUAAAUCAUAUGGUAUUGGAAUAAGCAGCCUAUUGGCGGAGAUCUGUCAAUAUGUCACUCCUCUGCCAAUGGCUUCAGAAUGUGGCUGUAGGACAAUAAAAUGCAAACAUUGA